AUGCACAACGAGAUCCCUGACGCCGUGAUAUUGAUGUCAUGGUCACCAACUUCACAGGGACGGUUCUGUGAUCCUUUCACGCCCUCACAACAGACGUUAGCUGAUAUUGACUAUAUUUUCGAAGUAUAUCACAACCCCGUAAACCCUAUGUCAAAAAUAAUGACCCCUAAACGUCGACGCGAAAAUGAUGUUGUGGAAUCGCAGCCGUCAAAGUACACUGCACAUCAUCCCACAGCAGAAGAUUUCCAUUUACAGCCAUGUUGUUGUAAUUCGGCAGCCUGUUGGGGACUAGCGUCAAUAGAUUUGCCUGAACCUGCAGUGGACCACGAAAAUGUACCAUCCUGUUCGAACUCCUCUCGUGACAUAAUGGAAAAUUGGCAGCCAAUAGUUGGAACUCCAGUUCUAGCAACAUCAAGAGGAGAACCUUACCUAGCUGGUAUAGUAGCCAGUGUCGAAGGGGAAGUGGUGACAGUACAUUUCCAGGGAAAGGAUCAUACGUAUAUGUAAUAAAAAAUAUUAUACCUUUUCGAUCACAAUUCGAAAAUGGGAUAUUCAAACCAAUAAAAUCAGUACCAAAACUACAAAGACAAUAUAUAAGGAA